AUGGCGGACCUACUACAACACCAUCGCCACCACGAUCCGAAUAUCGGCCUGAUCCCCGUCCCCCACGGCCCGGAAACGGGCGACGAGGUCGAUGAGUACCCUCGCAUCGGUCGCUAUACCGCCGAGCAGGAGCGCCUCAUCUUUUCCCACCUGACCCACCCGGACGACAGCUUCAACGACGAGGGCACGUACUGGGCCGAUCUGCCCUUCUGGAAGCGCCUCUCCUUCGUCAACAAGGUCAACAAUGAGGAGGCCAAGCGCGAGCUGAAAGCCACCGGCCGCCUGGCCAAGCGCGACCCCCUCGGCCCUGUCGGUUGGUACUUUCGCAAUGCUGUCCUGCCCGGUGCCGGUCUCGGCCUCGAGGGCUACGUCCUCUUCAGUAUCGGCAACCUGGAGCCGCUCUUUGCCUCCACCUGGAAACAAUGCUGGGGCAAAAACCCCGAAGUCUGCGACAAGAACUGGAUUGCCGCUGUGACGUAUCUCGAGAUUGUGGGGAUCAUGGCCGGUCAGGUGGCUGUCGGUAUCAUUGGUGACUGGAUUGGUCGACGAUGGGGUCUCAUCCAAGAUGCCUCCGUCAUGUUUGUCGGCCUCCUCAUGUUGACCGCGAGUUGGGGCACCAGCCUGAACGGCUGGGUCAUCUGCUAUGCCUGGUCUCUCUUCUUCUACAGCUUCGGUGUUGGAGGCGAGUAUCCAAUCACGGCGACCUCGUCCAUGGAGAAUGCCGCCGGCGCCGGCAAGAUCUCGACUCGCGAUGACCGUCUGCACCGUGGCCGCAAGGUCACCAUGGCCUUCCUCAUGCAGGGCUGGGGCCAAUUCUUCAACCAGGUCAUCCUCAUCCUCCUCCUGCUCAUGUUCCACCACGGCGACGGCGACCCGCCAUACGGUAAGAGCACCGUGCAGUGGGUCUUCCGCGUCUCCUUCGCCCUCCCCGCCGUCGGAACUCUUUGGCUGGUCUACUACCGUACCUACAAGAUGCGCAACGCCAGCAAGCAGCUGCAGAUCGCCAAGAAGCGCGGCGGUGUGACUGGCUACGACGCCACCUCGCUCAAGAACUGCGUGCACCACUUUGGCGGCCGCCUGCUCGCCACCGCUGGCACCUGGUUCUGCAACGACGUCUUCUUCUAUGGCAACAAGCUCUUCCAAGGCCAGUUCAUCAACGUCAUCUCCUCCAACCCCAAGUCGGUCAUGGUCACCUGGCUCUGGAACCUGUGCAACGUGCUGGUGUCCCUCGUGGGCUACUACCUGGCCUCCUUCCUCAUCGACCACAAGCUCUACGGCCGCAAGAUGAUGCAGCAGGUCGGCUUCGGCAUGUGCUUCAUCAUGUUUGUCAUUCCGGCCUUCAAGUACGAGUACUAUACGUCUCCCGCCGGCAUCCACGGCUUCCAGACCAUGUACUUCCUCAGCUCCUUCUUCAACCAGUUCGGUCCCAACGCCGUCACCUUCCUCGUCGCCGGCGAGGUCUUCCCCACGGCCGUCCGGGCCUCGGCUCACGGCUUCUCCGCCUGCAUUGGCAAGGCCGGUGCCCUGCUCGCUUCUAUCCUCUACAACUACAUCGACACGCAGACUCGCUUCUACGUCGUUCCCUGGUUCGGCCUCGCCGGCAUGCUUCUGACCCUCAUCUUCCUGCCCGACACCACCGGCCUCGACCUCAAGGAGCAGGAGCGCCGCUGGCAGUACAUCCGCGAGGGCCGCGCCGAGGAGUACCACGGCAUCGCCGUGCACCCGCAGCACCUGUCGCUGUGGGAGCGCCUCCGCGGCGUCGGCAAGUCGUACGACCCCGAGGCCGACCUCAAGGCCAAGAUCGAGGACCUGCGCAAGGAGUGGGAGAUGCGCGAGAUGGAGAAGGGCGAGAAGGAGGUCCGCGGCGAGCCCACCGUUAUGGACGGCGACGACGACUUCAACGAGGCGGUGCACGGCUACUUUGAGCGCACGACGCGCGACAGCCCCCGCAUCAAGGGCAUGAGGAGGGCCGAGGGCGUCCUGGGCGAGAACAUCUCGGACGAGGCCGCGACCGCGUACAACAGCGGGGACAGCCAGCAGGGCAGCGCCAGCAACAGCAACAGCAACAGGGCCGACGAGAAGAGGACGGUCCUGCCGGAGCCCGCGCAGGAUCCCGAGAAGGAGGCCAUGCAGCAGCAGCAGCAGGACAGCUCGAAGAUCCAGUAG